CUAAUGUAGAUAUUCUGAAUUAUUUUCAUACCCAAUUUAAAUUUAUGUCGAAUCAGCGCAAAGCCACGAAACUUGAACUUCUCAACAACUAAAAUUUAUAAUAACUAAUAUAUGAUAUAAUUCUAAAAAAGUUAUCCAAUGCAUGUAACAUGAUUCUUAAUGAAAGCCAUUUCAGGGAAUUGUAAGCAUAGUAGUAUUUCUACCUAAAAACAAGAAAUAUAUUUAUUUUUAUAUAAAAAAGAGUAUACAUAAGAGGGCUAUAAGCCUGCAAAAAAUAAAAUUUGGUCCAUAAACAUAAUAGCCCACCAGGCCCGUGGAGAGCUCGGUCUGAGCCAAACCCUAAAUAGUCUCAAGUACCCGCAACCGCCUCAAUUAUAUUUGGCAGAUGAAAAAAGAAGGGUAAAUACAAUAGGACUUUGCUACGGUGACAUGCAUAUCACGGUGACAUGCACUUUUCGGUCGACCUCAUAUAGGAUCAGGUCGACCUAAUCAGUUGUUUCAGUGUAAAAACAGUUUCAUGGUGCCUACUUUGGAGAUUCAUAUCUUACAAUUGGCUAGAUGGAAAUUGGAGAUUAAAGGCUUGUUUUGAAGCUGAAGUGUCCAUCGACACAUUAAAGUACUUGGGAGCUCAAUAGAAAGUCCAGAAGACCUUUUUUGAAUCUGACCAAAAGGCUAUGCCAAAAUUGGGAAACUGCCUGAAAAUGGCUAAGUCUGGCAACGUGUUUGUCAAGCCUACUUUGGGGCUCAAUUUGAGAAUCAUGGAUGCGAGUCAAGUCCAGGGGCCUCUACCACGUUAAAUUACGUAUUUUUUUAUACAAAGGCAAGGCAUUGGAUGAAAGAUUCAAUAUCUUUAAGGCUUCAAACAAAAGGCUCGAAGUUGCUACGAAGGCUGUUUUUCUGGCAGCUUGCUUGUGCUCAAAGUCUGCCAGAAACACAGCCUUCGUAGCAACUUCGACCCUUUUGUUUGAAGCCUUAAAGAUAUCCAAUCAUUCAUCCAAUUCCUUGAAUUUGUAUAAAAACAUACCUAAUUUAACGUGGUAGAGGCUCCUGGACUCAACUCGCAUUCAUGCUUCUCGAAUUGAGCUCAAAAAUAGACUUCACAAACACGUUUCCAGACUUAGCCAUUUCUAGGCAGUUUCCCAGUUUUGGCAUAGCCUUUUGAUGAGGUUCAAAAAUGGUCUUCUGGACUUCCUAUCGAGCUAUCAAUCACUUCAAUAUGUAGAGGGACACUCCAGCUUCAAAACAAGUCAUUAGUCUUCAAUUUCCAUCUAGCCAAUUGUAUGAUAUGAAUAUCCAAAGUAAGCACCGUGAACUGUUUUUACACUGAAACAACAGAUUAGGUCGACCGAAUCCUAUAUGAGGUCGACCGAAUCCUAUAUGAGGUCGACCGAAUUCUAAAUGAGGUCGACCUAAUCCUAGCUGAGGUCGACCGGAAAGUGCAAGUCACCGUGACAUGCAUGUCACCGUAGGCACACCCAAUACAAUAUAUUAGCCAAACCUUUUGCGGUUAAACAAAAGAAUAGCCAAACCUUUCAAAAAACAAAAUAAUAGCCAAAUCUUUAACUUUCCAUCUGGUCAACUGUUAGUUGACUCUUAUGUGACUAAUUCGUGCUGACGUGGCAAUGACAAUUAUUUAACUGUGCCACACAUACAUAUUUUAAACUAAUUAUUUAUUAUUAAAACAAAUAAAAAACAAUAAUGGAACACUCUCCAUCCCUUCCCCUCUCCUCCCCUCUCUCUUCUCCGGCCAAGAAACUUCGAAACCCUCGAUAUCUCCCAAACUUUUUCGUUAGCAGCAACCACCUCGUCGUCCGAGAACCUCCGCUUCCUCCCGUCAUGCUUUCAACUACCUCCUUCCAUGGAAACAAGCAAAGAUUCGACACUCCAGUUCGAUCCGUCGUUCUUAAAUGGGGUCGCCGACAAUUGCUAGAGCGAUCAAGCAGUUUGGAUUUAGGGAAUCGGAAGCGAUGAAGAGCGAGGGGAAGGAAAGGGGUAACAGAGGAAGAGCCACAGGGGUUUUGGAAGCGAGGAAGAGUAGGGGAUUUGGGCAAUGUAUUGAUUGGAUUUAGCUUUUGAUUCUCUUAGUUUGACACAUAGAUAAAUGGGUUUCAGUUUAAUUUGUUUAGAUUUGGAUGGUGUGGAGGGGAGCGGCGGCAACAGGAGUGGAGUUGAUUUGGGGUUCUCAAAGUGGAUUGAGUAUGUUCGAGGCAACCCAGUUUUGCUGGGGAUUUCUAUUUUCAUUCUCUUCGUAUUGUUGAAAGGUGAGAAAGAUGUAAGCUCGUUUGUGGAAUCGAAGCAAGCCUUGCUCCUUUGGCGAUUCUAUGUAGCGUUCGAGUAAUUAUCAGCAAUAGCUCGUUGGCUUGGGUGGUAGGUGUCGAUGACAACAUAGGGAUUAGGUCACGGCGGCGAGGCUUUUGGUUUCACGGUGGGCAACGAUGGCUGGGUUUCGUCGGAGGAUUGGUAAUGGAAGCAUUCAUGGAGUUUCGAUGGAGAUUGGAGAGAAGGGGAUGCGAACAGGCAAGGAGAUAAUAGAGUGGUGGCUAUUUUUUAGUGGCUUUUUAAUUUAUUUUCUUUUCUAAACAGAAAUUAAUUUUUGGUAUAUCCAUGUGGCAAGUCAAAUUUUUUACUUUUUGCCACGUCAUUGAAAAUUUGUUAAACAUUUUGCCACGUCAGAGUCAACUAACGGUUGACCGGACGGAAAGUUGACGGUUUGGCUAUUAAAUUAUUUUUGAAAAG